ACUGCAGAUUCUAACAAUAUUCACAUUCUAAUAAGAAGAGCCGAGUUUAAUUUUCAACAGUUGAAUCAGUUGAUUAAAAAUACCGGCAUUCAGUGAAAAUAAAUAGUAGAGGUUCAGCAUUCAAAUUUAAAUUUAGACUGGUAAUAUUUAGCGCUGUUCUGUUGGCUACGUCAAUUUUUUUGUAAAAUGGGAUGUAGAAAAGAACAUGGCGGUUAGGUUGACAAAGCUGCGAUACAUGAAAAAUUUUAAUUAAAACACCGUUUAGUUUUUUAAAACACAAUUUCAUGACAAUGUAUUCAUUGCCAAAUUUUUGUCGAGUAUGUCUCAAAUAUGAGAAAAAUCUUAUUGACCUAGCUCACAUAGAAAACGAACCAAGUGAAACUUUAAUGAGUAAACUGGAGCAAUGUGUAUCUGAAGUGGAUUGGACGGCAUUUAAACCGCUUUUAUGUCAUCCUUGUAUUAAAAGACUGAAUAUUGCUUUCACCUUCAAAAGGCAAUGUAUGCAAUCAGCCACUGUACUAAAAAGUUAUGUUGAACUUCUGAAAGAUUCUCAGAAGAAAAAUGAAUCUCAGAACACAACUACAGCCGAUUCACAACCAACACCUGGUACAAUUAUGGUUCUACCUAAUCAAAAAUUCCUGAAAAUAGUUGUGGGACCUCAACAACAAAACUCAUUUCAAAACGUUUUUCUCAACUUGAUUCCAACUGCAUCUGGUAAUUCUGCUUUAGCACCUGUUACAAUCAAUCCUGUUCCUCCUAAAGAUUCAUCGAAUACAAGCAAAGAUAAUAACCAAAAUGUUUUUGUUAAUCUUAAUAAUACUAUGCAGAAAUAUGUUCCGAUUGCACCUGGUAAACCUACAGUGAAGUCUACAUCAAACAAUUCACCUGUUAUGAAUCAAUUAUUGACAGAUACAAAAACAGAAGAACUCAGUGUAGAAAUUGAUCCUACAAUUUUUGGUUUAGGAGAUUCUGAUUCUGAUAGCUCGGGUCAGGAGGAAGAAGUGAAUGAUUGGGAUGAAGUUAUAUCCCAAAAUCAAAUAAAUUCGAAAGAUAUGUCAAAAAUGAAUGGAGAUAAAGGAAAAGGUGGAAAAAAAGGAAACUUGUAUGGAAAUUAUGUUCCAAUCCUCCCAAAACAUGCUGCUGAUUUUUUCAAUUCAGGACAGCAUUUCCUUUCUAGCGAUGUUUCAUUUGAAGAAGAUGCUUCACCAGGUGAAAAAAGUUUCAGUUGUGAGACAUGUCAGAAAAAUUUUUCAAAUGUGAAAAUAUUGAAACAUCAUAUCAAAACAUAUCAUUCGGGGAAAUAUCCAUUCAAGUGUGAAUUUUGUUUUGCAGAGUAUGUUACAAGAGUUGAUUAUGAAAUGUGUGUAAAUUCACAUAAAGCGAGUAAUGAUCAUGAUGAAUCCUUGACCUUGAAAGAUUUUACACAUGCUUCAAUAUCUUCCCAACAUUCUUCACAUUCAGCUUCUGAUGGAGAAAGUAAUUGUGCACCUGGUCCUGGUGAAGAAGGUAUGAUAUUUUCUUGUGAACUUUGUAAGAGACAAUUUAACAGUUCAACGGGAUUGUUACGCCAUAAAGUUCGAAAGCAUCAUCAGAAAAAUAAAAAGAAAUAUUUUAUAAAAGGAAUGAAAAAUGCCAGGUGUGAUAUUUGUAAUCGGGAGUUUUCAACCCAAUCAUAUAUGCAACUUCAUAGGAAAUUACAUUUGAGGGAUGAUGUUGGUUAUAAAUAUAAAGUGUUUGGCAAAAGUAAAUAUACAGAUGUUGAUAGUAAGGAAGGAAAAGAAUCAUCUGCUAAGGAGAAAAAUGAUGAGGAUAUCAAAAAUGAAAUGGAGAUGAUAGAUGUUACACCAGAUAUCACUCUUGAACGAGAAACAGAGGAGGACACUGAUUCAGAUGGAGAUUCUUCCAGACCAAGAAAAAAAUUGCAAGAUAGACUUGAUAUCCUAACGCCAGAGAUUGAAAUAACUAGAAUCGUCAAAUCCAAAGAGGAUAAAGUGGAGGAGGCCAAUGAUAAUCCAUUGAAAAUGGAUGUUGAUGAAAACUCUGAAGAAACAAAUAUUGAAUUUGAAACAAAUGAAGCUAAUUGUGAAAAUAACUCAAGUGAAGUUCAAUGAAAGAUUCCUAUGAAUUAGAUUUCCAUAUGAUUUAACUUUUUUAUAAAUAUGAACUUCAUCAGGAAGUAUCACUUGAUGAUAAUAUAUUUACAAAUUAUUUAUCGAAUCCAGCAAAAUAAUCAGUUUAGAGUUUUUUAACAGAAACCUUAGUGCCUAUUCCAGAAGCAAAAUUGCAGAGAUAUUGUAUAAAGAGAAAAUUUAUAGAUAUGGUAGUCUGCUCAUCUACAUUCCCCAAAUGAUCUAAUUUUUUUUAUUAAUAAUUUUCCACAAAAUGUUUGGACAUAUCAUUAUUGUCUGCAAUCUGAAAAGGAUAAUUUUAAAAUGUAGAAGAGCAGUAAUGAAUAGUGAACAUUUCUGAAUUUAUUUAAAUUUAUGUGAUGUGUUUAAUGACUAUCGACUUUUAUUUUAUAUAUAACCUAUAACAAAAGUUAGGAUUAAGUGAUUUGUUUUAUUGACCACAAGUAUUAUCAUUUAUUUAGAACUUGAUCAUUAUUCAGAUUCUUUCCUGGAACAAAUAUACAAUUUAUAUUUUAGGUAUACACAUAAUGUUUAUUAGCUGGUAUGUCUUUAUAAUAAAGUUGAAAUUUUUGA